CCGGAACUCGUCUGCAGGAUUCAUUCGAGAUUUCAUUCUUUUGUGACUUCGAUAUUCCUCUUUUUGUAAGUGAUUACAUAUGACUCGAGAAAACGUUAACACUUUGCCGUAUGAAAGUUAUGUUAGACCAUCGGCUUUCAUUUCUUGUUGGGUGGUUGAAUUUCUUGAUUUUCUUCGUCGGCUCGUCGGUCGUCCAUGAGAACGCAACAGAAGUCGAUGUCGCGCCCAGAACCUUGUCGCGACCUAAGAGAUAUUUGAUUUUUCCGGAGGGUUGUAAUUUUCAGUUAGUGUAUUGUCUGACUAUCGGAGCGUACGGCCGAGACGGUGAUUUGGUGCUGGGACUGACAGCUGCCUUAGCCUGGGAACUUCCGAAUAAGGUCAACUCAAAGAUAUCGAAUUUGCUUCACCGUAGAAGCCGGAGCGUCGUAUAUCCGAAAAUGGAGGCUUUCUUGCAAUCCACCGGCCUCGAUGGCAGAUCCUGCGUGAUGAGGGCACUCUGCGAAGCAGGCCAGCGAGAUCCUGCCCAGAUAGGCACGGGAUCCUUCGUCCAGGAGCUCCUUCACACAAUUUUUACAUUGCCAAAGGAUGGUGCCAAAUUCGAACGGUCGGAGGACCACGCUUACGAUCGCGCAUAUGAAACGAGCGGAGACUGCGAACGGCUGUAUCCCACGUGUCAGCACUCCAUUUAUGACAUGGACUUUUGAAGUUGCGGCAGAAGCUGCGACAGACCUCUCACCGCGUCGUUCGAAAAACCGCGUCGUCCCACAAAACUACAGAGUGUAAAUCUGAUGGAAAACUUGCGGCGAAGUUUCUCUGGCAGCCGUCCUAUUUCGCGGUGAUUUUUCUGCCUGAUGUUACGAUGGCUUCGCGCGUCGUUUCGCGACGCAUUGGACUGACGACUGAUAAAACGGUAGACCUGUUGUAUUGUUGGUUUAUCGUUAUUACAAACGUUUCAAACGCCGAUCAAAUGCGAUUUUGUCGUUCUUUAUUGAAAGAGAAGAGAUACUACA